AUGUCUCCUAGUUCCAGUGAUUACCGAGGAGCUCAAGACGAAUACCCACUUCCUCCCGUAGAAGUAUAUCCGCUCUCUGUUCUGUUCUCUGAACAACCGUUGCUCAAUCUUCCCCCUUACCCCCCGGACUCCGAAGCAUUGGUACCCGCACGACAAAAUGGGCUGGGGAUAUCGCACGCUCACGACGAUGCGGUUCUCCUCGCAAAUCAUGACUGCCAUGAAGCUGUAACCUAUCACCCGUUACUGACCGAUGCCCUUCAUUCCCUCCUUCUCUGCUACCCUCUCAUUCAAACAUCACCUAAAGAACUUCUCCGGCACGCUCACAUGGUUGCACGCUUAUCCCGCGUUUGUGACGGGUAUCCAAUUUUCCUUGCACCUCGAUCGCCCGCGCGGGCAGAUUGGAUUGAAGUCCUUAACCGUGUGGACAAUUGGAUCGGACUCAAGCAAUCGUGGGAAGCGCUUUGUGCCCCAGCCCCUCUUCCAGGCCACGCAGGAUUGGAAAAGAGAGAGGUGAUCCCGGAGGAAGCGCAGGAUCAUCGAAAAGACAAUGCGAUCAUGGAGGCAUUGGCUGAUGACCGUGUUCAAGACGAACAAAGCUUCUUUGCGGCGGUGCGAGGGCGCGAGAAGAGCACUGAGGGCUGCCGCAAGGAAGACAACGGCAGGAACGCAAAAACGGGAGCAGCACCUAAACGCUGGGCACAGGAAGAUGGUAAAGAGUACCCUACUAGCACAGAACGGGCGGAGAGUAUCUCACGCUGGAUAAGGGAGGCGCCAAUCUCCACAAGCGAUGGUAAGAGGAAGGGCAAGAGACGCAAGGGUCCUGUUGCAACGGAUCAUAAAGCCACUGAGAGUCCCUCUCUCGAGGAUAGCAUGCAUGAAACGAGCGUUGGAGAAUACGAUGGUAUUGAUUAUUAG